AUGUUGCGUGGGAACACGCCACUGGAGUUUGUGGAAAAAGAAGGCGAUUCCACUACAGUUGCUGCUGGUAGCUCGAUUACGCUGCCGUACGACGCGCGUGUUGAACUGGUGCAGAAUGAUUCUGACGAGAAAUGCGACGAUGAAAACGAUUUCUUAGACGUCCUCAUCCCAGCAUACGGGCAGUGUCGUGUGCGUCGUGAGAGUGUUCUCUCUGUGGCGACCGAAAGACAGGAGUUGCCAGCAGGUGAGCCCUUGUCAUCUCUAUCACUUGCGCUUAAGACAGAAGCCGAGGGUUUAGAGGGGCUACUCCAGCAGAUUGGAUGGUCACUUCGUAAACUGUCCUUAGCGUUUCACCGCGAAAUCGACGUGAACGCAAUGGUGCCUGGCAUCCUAAAGUCCUGUCCGAACUUGACAACUCUCGCAUUGGAUGAAAGCUACAUCGACUUGGACCGAUUCUCCACCUUGUAUGAAGGUACUGGAGCAGCGGAUGAGGAAGCGUUGCCGGUACUCUCCACGCUGCAGUUUCAGGAUUACUACGGCAUUGGAGACGGGGACGGCAAGCUAUUCAUGAAGCUACUAGGAGAUUCGACGACUCGACUGGCGAAACACCUACGAGAGCUCACGAUUCACGCUGAAGAGUACGCUGAGCCACUGGAUCAUCCGACCCUCAGUGAGUUGUGCAUAGCUCUAGAACAGAAUACAACACUGGAGAAGCUGCAGGUGAUGGUGUCUCGAACUAUAUGGAGUGCCAUUUGGAAGCGGCGUCUACGUCGCUUCAAUGGCCAAGUCCUCCCUCCACAUCCACUGCCUCUGCCCUGCAAGCUGGCAUUCCUCAGUGUCGCGCACUCGGAAGGAUACGAUUCAUACGAUUCUGUCGACUUGCUUCAUGCUGUGAAACGUUUGGAUUCGGGGCUUCGCCUGAGGAUGCUGAACGCCCAUGCCGUUUGA